CUCUCUCUCUCAGUCAGCCAUCAUGGCUGCCACUUGUCUUGCUAAGCUAAACCAUUCUAGACCGUUCAUAUCAUAUCUCCUUUUCACGUGUCACCUCCUUCACUUUUCUGAUAUUUGUCUAACUAAUCAGUCCUAUUCCUCCGCCACCAUAAAUACUCUCCUACCCAAAUCCAUUCCUCCUCAUCGCUUUGUACGUCUUCUUUUCUAUACCUAGUCCAAGACUCCCAACAAAGCUAAACGCCUUGUCUCUGAGGGCUGAUCAAAUGGCAACCAUGGCCUCCACCCUCACCUCCAAACCCCAGAGACUCCCUCUCUUUGAAAGCUACUCCUCCUCCUCGUUCUAUGGUACCCCUCUUGCCCCACCUUCCAGCUUCCGCGUCCAGCCCGUCAAGUCCGGCACUCACCCCCCCAUUUCCAUGUCUGCCUCUGCGUCGCCGCCUUACGAUCUGAAGGCUUUCAAGUUCGACCCCAUUAGGGAGUCAAUCGUCUCACGUGAGAUGACCCGGCGGUACAUGAUGGACAUGAUCACCUACGCCGACACUGAUGUGGUCGUAGUGGGUGCGGGCUCGGCUGGGCUGUCGUGUGCCUACGAGCUCAGCAAGAACCCGUCCGUACAGGUCGCCAUCAUCGAGCAGUCCGUUAGCCCCGGCGGCGGUGCGUGGCUGGGGGGCCAGCUCUUCUCGGCCAUGGUCGUGCGCAAACCAGCGCAUCUCUUCCUAGACGAGCUCGGCAUCGAAUACGACGAGCAAGACAACUACGUGGUGAUCAAACACGCAGCUCUCUUCACCUCCACCAUCAUGAGCAAGCUCUUGGCCCGCCCCAACGUGAAGCUCUUCAACGCGGUGGCGGCCGAGGACUUGAUCGUGAAGGGAGGGAGAGUUGGUGGAGUGGUGACCAACUGGGCCCUGGUGUCGAUGAACCAUGACACCCAAUCGUGCAUGGAUCCCAACGUCAUGGAGUCCAAGGUGGUGGUGAGCUCCUGCGGCCACGACGGGCCGUUCGGGGCCACCGGGGUCAAAAGGCUCAGGAGUAUUGGAAUGAUCGAUAGUGUGCCCGGGAUGAAGGCGCUUGACAUGAAUACCGCAGAGGAUGCUAUUGUGAGGCUCACUAGGGAGAUUGUGCCUGGAAUGAUUGUUACUGGGAUGGAAGUUGCUGAGAUCGAUGGAUCCCCAAGAAUGGGGCCCACCUUUGGAGCCAUGAUGAUAUCGGGGCAGAAGGCAGCACAUCUGGCCUUGAAGUCGCUGGGACUUCCCAAUGCUCUUGAUGGGUCAUACGUUGGAAGCAUCCACCCGGAGCUGAUUCUGGCUGCUGCAGAAUCUGCAGAAAUUGCCGACGCUUAGAUCGAGUUCAGCUUUGUCAAUGGAAAGGAAGGAUUGCCGGAAAUAAUAUGUAGUUGAUAGGAAUGAGUGGUGGUACUUUGUGGUUGAUGGUUGGUUGUAUGUGAUUAUGCGUUGAGUUUCGUUAAUAAUGAAAUGAAGAAACGAGGUGUGUUUGUCUGA